UACCUCCCCAAUUCUUCUCCAACAAAACGUCCACUCUCCUGAGCGAUAACUUUCUCCUUCGUUCUAUCGAGGGUUUUUGUGGAGACAAUUUGGCCUGAAAAAAUUGGUAAUUUAUUGGCGGUGCUGGUAAAAUGUUGUUGGUGGCAUGAGUGACGUGCAAAUGGUUGAAAUAAAUUCCCAAUGUUGUCCGUGGUUCGCCGGGUAUUGUUUACUAUUAUUGAGAAUUUAAUUGAAGUUAUGAUUGAGGUUAAAGAAUUGGAGAACGAAUAUGGCUCAGCAACAAUCAUCACGUCUUCACCGUCUGCUUACUUUGUUGGACACGGGCUCGACCCAAGCGACGAGGUUUACUGCAGCUAAGCAAAUUGGGGAAAUUGCAAAAUCACAUCCACAGGACCUGAUCCCUCUGUUGAGUAAGGUUUCUCAAUAUCUUUGUAGCAAAAGGUGGGAUACUAGGGUUGCUGCUGCUCAUGCCAUUGGAGCAAUUGCUGAGAAUGUUAAACACACAUCUUUGACUGACAUAAAUUCAUGCCUUGAGAUGAAGAUAUCAAAGUUGGGGGUUUCUUGUCCUGUUGGCGAUGUGCUAGCAUGGGCUUACUGUUACCCUAAAUUUGUAGCAAAUGCUUCAUUUAGAAGUUUUGAUCUGAACAAAGUAUUGGAGUUUGGAGCUCUAUUGGCAUCUGGGGGGCAGGAGUAUGAUAUUGGGAGUGAGAGUGGCAAGAAUCCAAGAGAGCGAUUGGCUCGACAGAAACAAAAUCUUCGGCGUCGUCUUGGUUUAGAUGUAUGCGAGCAGUUCAUGGAUGUUGGUGACAUGAUAAGAGAUGAAGACCUGCUGGUGCAAAAGUUUCACUCCAUUGGCAAUGGUCUUGCCCCUCAAUAUAGGUCUAUGUCCAAUUUCCAGCAAUUUGUGGCAAACAUGGUCCCUGGUGUUAAAUCUAGGAGGCCAAGUGCAAGGGAACUGAAUCUCCUAAAACGCAAAGCAAAAAUAAGUUCCAAAGACCAAUCAAAAGCAUGGUCUAAGGAUGGAAAUGCUGAGGUCCAACCACAAGAGCUGGAUAUGGCAUCGCCAAAAGGCCCUUAUCGUGACAUCGUGAGCUUGAACAAGCAGUUUGCAGAUGCUGUUUCUGAUGAUGAUAACUUUGAUAGUGAUGGUGAUGGCAGUUGGCCUUUUCAAAGUUUUGUUGAACAGCUGCUAGUUGAUAUGUUUGAUCCUGUCUGGGAGGUCCGUCAUGGAAGUGUUAUGGCUUUGAGAGAAAUAUUAACCCAUCAGGGUGCCAGUGCUGGAGUUAUCAUGAAUGACCUGAACUUUGAUAGUGCCCUGAGUUCUAGUUUCAAUGAUGUGGGUGAAGAAAACACAACUAAGAGGGAGAGACAGAUUGAUCUGAAUAUGCAAAUCUUGUUUGAAGAGUCCCAACCUGUUUUGAAGAGACCAAAGCUUGAAGGUGCAUCAUCUCUUCUGACAGACACGAUUGUUGAUUCCACCAAAGAUGAUAAUCUUGGUAUUCAUGUAAAAGUUGAAGCCCCUGGAUGGGAUUUGCCUAUGGGGCAUGCAAAUGGUGAAGUUGUUAGUUCUGAUAAGGUGGAGGUGGGGCAUCAAUCUCACCUUAGUAGUGCAUCAGAUCCUAAUAGUUAUAUGUCAAGUGCAAAGAUCUGCUCUGAGGAUAAGGGGUCCAUGGAAAAAGCAGAUCUAUUUAAAGAUCUUCCUAACAAUCCUGAGCUGCUGAACGUGCUUAAAGUGGCUAGGCAUUCUUGGGUUACAAAUUGUGAAUUUCUUCAACAUUGUACAAUCCGAUUCUUGUGUGUCUUGUCACUGGACCGUUUUGGAGACUAUGUGUCUGAUCAGGUAGUUGCUCCUGUUCGGGAAACCUGUGCACAGGCUCUGGGUGCUGUCCUCAAGUAUAUGCACCCAUCGUUAGUCCAUGAAACUUUAAAUAUCUUGCUUCAGAUGCAGCGUAGACCAGAGUGGGAAAUUCGUCAUGGAAGUCUUUUGGGAAUAAAAUAUCUGGUUGCUGUGCGCCAGGAAAUGCUAAGCGAUUUGCUUGGUUUGGUUCUCCCUGCCUGUACAGCUGGGCUUGAGGAUCCUGAUGAUGAUGUAAGAGCUGUGGCUGCAGAUGCCUUGCUACCUACUGCAGCUGCUAUUGUUUUUCUAAAGGGCCAAACUUUGCAUUCCAUACUUAUGCUACUCUGGGAUAUAUUGCUUGAUCUGGACGACUUAAGCCCAUCUACUAGCAGUGUCAUGAAUCUCUUGGCAGAGAUAUACACUCAAGAGCAUAUGAAUCCAAAGUCACUUGGAACUGUCACAUCCUGUGAAAAACAGGAAUUUGAUCUCAAUAAAAUUGGUCGCCUAGAUGACUUGGGAGAAGAAAUAAAUUAUCUUGAAAAUCCUUAUAUGUUAUCAACAUUAGCUCCAAGGUUGUGGCCAUUUAUGAGACACAGCAUCACCUCAGUCCGCCAUUCAGCCAUUCGAACUUUGGAGCGUUUGCUUGAAGCUGGUUUUAAGAAGAGUAUUGCUGAGUCAUCUUGCUCGUUUUGGCCUUCUUUUAUUCUUGGAGAUACACUAAGGAUAGUUUUCCAGAACUUGCUGCUUGAAUCAAACGAGGAAAUUUUGCUUUGCACUGAGAGAGUUUGGAAGCUCCUCCUUCAGUGCCCUGUGGAGGACUUGGUUGGUGUUGUAGAGUUGUACUUCUCUUCUUGGAUAGAGCUGGCAACUACUCCAUAUGGUUCACCACUGGAUGCCACGAAAAUGUUUUGGCCUGUAGCGCUUCCUCGUAAGAGUCAUUUCAGAGCUGCAGCUAAGAUGAGAGCUGUUAGGCUUGAAAAUGACUCUUAUAAGAACACGCGCUUGGAUGUUCCAGACAGUGCUAUUUCACAGGAUAAAGUUGGAGAUCCUUCUUUCUCUAGCCCUGCUAAGAUAGUUGUUGGUGCUGAUGAAGACAUUUCGGUCACUCAUACACGGGUUGUUACAGCAACUGCAUUGGGCAUUUUAGCUUCUAAGUUGCAUGUGACAACCUUGGGAUUUGUCAUUGAUCCAUUGUGGAAGGCACUGAACUCUAAAUCUGGUGUUCAGCGGCAGGUGGCAGCGAUGGUGCUCAUAUCUUGGUUCCAGGAGUUGAAAAUGAAGGAUGUUUCUGUGUCUUCUGAAGUUGGUCCUUCAACUUUGAUUGGUUUCAGGAAUUGGUUGUUAGAUUUGUUAGCUUGCACCAAUCCAGCAUUCCCGACAAAGGAUACACUUCUUCCUUAUGCUGAACUUUCAAGAACAUAUGCUAAAAUGCGGAAUGAGGCUUCUCAACUACACCGUAUCACUGAGGCAUCUGGCAUGUUUCAUGAUCUGUUGGCUUCAACCAAGUUGGAUCUAGAAAAUUUGACUGCAGAUGAUGCAAUUAAUUUUGCAUCAAAACUGCCUUCUCCAUCUAGUGCUGAAGCAUACACUGAAAGGGAUGCUUUUGACGAACUGGAAUCGUUAAAACAAAGACUUUUAACAACAUCAGGAUAUCUGAAAUGUGUUCAGGGUAAUUUGCACAUCACUGUCUCUGCUUUACUAGCUGGGGCAGUUGUCUGGAUGUCAGAGCUUCCUGCAAGACUCAACCCAGUUAUAUUACCUUUGAUGGCUUCCAUUAAAAGGGAGCAGGAGGAAGUGUUGCAAAGUAAGGCUGCUGAAGCCCUUGCUGAACUUAUUUCUGGUUGCAUCCCACGCAAGCCUGGACCCAAUGACAAGUUAAUUAAAAAUCUUUGUGGUUUGGCCUGUUCGGAUCCUUGUGAGACACCUCUAGCUGCUGUCCUUAGUUCCAUUGAGAUAGUUGAAGAGCAAGAAUUCCCGUCUUCUGGAAGCACUUGCAGUAGACAGAAAUCAAAAGUUCAUAUACUUGCCCCUGGUGAAGACCGAUCAAAGGCUGAGGGCUUCAUCAGCCGCCGUGGUUCAGAACUAGCACUCAAAUUUUUGUGCCAGAAGUUUGGUGGUUCAUUGUUUGACAAACUCCCAAAGCUUUGGGAUUGCCUUGUGGAAGUCCUUAAGCCUGGUAAUCUUGAUGGGUUGACUCCAGAAGAAGAAAAGUUUAUUGAUGAAGCUAUUGAUUCAGUUGCAGAUUCGCAAGUCUUGAUAAAUAAUAUUCAGGUGGUUCGAUCUCUUGCACCAAUGUUGGAUUGGACAUUGAGACCAAAGCUGCUCACACUUCUUCCAUGCAUAUUUAAAUGUGUUCGUCAUUCUCAUGUUGCUGUUAGGCUAGCUGCGUCAAGAUGUGUGAUGACUAUGGCCAAAUCAAUGACCUCAGAUGUCAUGGGUUCUGUAAUAGAACAUGUCAUUCCUAUGUUGAGUGACAUGUCAUCUGUUCAUGCUAGACAGGGUGCUGGCAUGCUUGUUAGCUUGCUUGUUCAGGGACUUGGUGUGGAGUUGGUUCCUUAUGCUCCUUUAUUGGUGGUUCCACUACUGAGGUGUAUGAGUGACAUUGAUCAUUCUGUCAGACAGAGUGUAACACAUAGUUUUGCUGCCCUUGUGCCUCUUCUUCCACUUGCACGUGGUGUUCCCCUACCUUCUGGCCUUAGUGAACGUUUAUCUAGAAGUAAAGAAGAUGCACAAUUUUUGGAGCAACUGGUUGACAAUUCUCACAUUGAUGAUUACAAGCUCUCAACUGAACUGAGAGUUAAUUUAAGGAGGUAUCAACAAGAAGGCAUAAAUUGGUUGGCUUUUUUAAAGCGCUUUAACCUUCAUGGGGUUUUGUGUGAUGAUAUGGGCCUUGGUAAGACCCUCCAAGCAUCAGCGAUUGUGGCAUCUGAUAUUGCAGAGCAUUCUCAUGCAAACAAAACUGAGCAGCUUCCACCAUCAGUUAUAAUAUGUCCUUCAACACUAGUUGCACACUGGGUCUAUGAGAUAGAGAAGUUUAUUGAUACUUCUCUACUGACUACCCUUCAGUAUAUAGGUUCAGCUCAAGAUCGUAUAUCUCUCCGUUCUGAAUUUGACAACCAUAAUAUCAUUGUGACAUCAUAUGAUGUUGUCCGCAAAGAUAUUGAUUAUCUUGGGCAGGUUUUUUGGAACUACUGUAUUCUGGAUGAGGGACACAUCAUAAAGAAUUCAAAGUCUAAAGUUACAGCUGCUGUGAAACAAUUGAAGGCCCAGCACCGCCUCAUACUCAGUGGAACACCCAUCCAGAACAACGUUUUGGACCUGUGGUCACUUUUUGACUUUCUCAUGCCAGGAUUUCUUGGAACAGAAAGACAAUUUCAAGCUACUUAUGGGAAACCGCUGCUAGCAGCCAGGGAUCCUAAAUGUUCUUCAAAGGAUGCUGAGGCAGGUGCACUAGCCAUGGAAGCAUUGCAUAAGCAGGUCAUGCCUUUUCUGCUACGCCGAACAAAAGAUGAAGUCUUGUCUGAUUUGCCUGAAAAAAUAAUUCAGGAUAGAUACUGUGACUUGAGUCCUCUGCAGCUAAGACUUUAUGAACAAUUCUCUGGUUCACACGUAAAACAAGAAAUCUCAAGUAUUGUGAAGCUGAAUGAGUUAGAUGCUGGAGAAGGAAAUCCUUCAACCAAAACAUCAUCCCAUGUUUUCCAGGCACUUCAGUACUUGCUAAAACUUUGCAGCCAUCCAUUGCUUGUUGUUGGGGAAAAGGUUCCAGAAACAGUCUCAACUGUUUUGUCGGACCUCUUCCCUGGUAAAGCUGAUUACAUCUCUGAACUUCAUAAUCUCCAACACUCUCCCAAACUUAUAGCCCUACAAGAGAUUCUGGAAGAGUGUGGAAUAGGAAUUGAGGCUUCAAGUUCUGAAGGUUCCAUUGCUGUAGGGCAACACAGGGUUCUGAUAUUUGCACAGCAUAAAGCUUUUCUGGAUCUAAUAGAGAGAGAUCUGUUCCACGUUCAUAUGAAAAAUGUUGCAUACUUGCGACUUGAUGGCUCUGUUGAACCAGAGAAACGUUUUGAGAUUGUAAAAGCCUUCAACUCAGACCCUACUAUUGAUGCGUUGCUUCUUACAACACAUGUUGGUGGGCUGGGAUUGAACCUGACAUCAGCUGACACCCUUGUAUUUAUGGAACAUGACUGGAAUCCCAUGCGAGAUCAUCAGGCAAUGGAUAGGGCACACAGGCUGGGACAAAAGAAAGUAGUCAAUGUCCAUCGUCUUAUCAUGCGAGGAACAUUGGAAGAAAAAGUCAUGAGCCUCCAAAGGUUCAAAGUCUCUGUUGCCAAUGCAGUCAUCAAUGCAGAUAAUGCCAGUCUCAAAACAAUGAAUACCGAUCAGUUGCUUGACCUAUUUACUCCAGCGGAGAAUGGAAAGGGACCUAGGAUAUCACGGACUUCUACUGAGAAUUUGGAUGGUGAAACCAAAUUACCAGGUAGCAGCAGGGGACUCAAAAAAAUCCUUGGCGGACUAGAGGAGCUUUGGGAUCAGUCUCAAUAUACUGAAGAAUAUGACCUAAGCCAGUUUUUGGCAAAGUUAAAUGGCUGAGUUUUGUUUGCAGCCCCUACGCUUUGGGAAAUUUUGAAGCAGGUGGAUUAGUCGAUUGUGUGUCUCAGUAAUGCCAAAGGGUUAGGAGUUCAUAGCAGAACAUGUACAGAAUGUAUAUUCUUGUGAUAUCCAUUGAUUUUGACAAUUUGAGAGAACUCAGUUCUCUCUUCAUGUCUCUUCCUUUACCUUUUGUGCACAUUUUAUUCGGGGAAGGGCAUCGAGAAGGUCCGGUAGUUAGUUGCAUUGAGUUUGGCCAGACAGAGACUAAUCAAUCUCGUAGAGGGAGAAUUGUAAAAUUUUGAGAUAUUUGUACAUAUUGAUUUUUUUGUCAUAAGGGAGUUUUUCUAAUUGCGAUAGCAA